AUGGGCGCCUUUGGCAUGCCAAUAUCAGACCAAGUGGAUGCCAGUGCCGAAGAAUAUCAUAGCGUGUGGUUGAAAUCAACGCAAAACAAAACUAUUAAAACAAAUGUUCGAAAUGAAUGUAGAGAGCAUCUGAAAGAGGUGCGAAAGCGCUAUGUGAAAGAUCUUCUGAAUCGGCAGAAUGUCAACGCGGUUGAUAUUGGCUAUAAGGAGAUUAAAGGUGAAGAAAUAGAUAAGCUUUCUCUCAAGAUCUGGGUGAGAGAAAAGAAACCUGAAAGUGAAUUGCCGCCAAAUGAAAUCCUUCCCAAGAAAAUUGAAGGUUGCGAUGUAGAUGUUAUCGAAAAUGAAGCCAUUUUCCUAGAUGAAAAGGCUGAGGAG